AUGGCAAGGGUACCAAUCAACAAUGGUGCGGUGUAUGAGAAGUAUAGAUUCACACAAACUCUUGCUGAGGUGAGUGUCGUUGUUCCUUACACGACUCCUAUUAAAGGGAAAGAUGUUGUUUGCAAAAUCAGUAACGACACUCUUUUAGUUCAAAUCAAAGGGGAGACUUUUAUAAACGGGAAGUUGAGCAAAACAGUCAAAAAGGCUGACAGUUGUUGGACUAUAGAAGACAAGCAGAAUGUUGUAGUUGACUUAGUUAAAACAAAAGGAAUGGAAUGGUGGAGCUGUGUGAUUCAAGGCGAUGAAGAAAUAGAUACAAAACAGAUCAAAGCCGAGGCAUUGAGCGAUGUGAGUACAUUAGACACCGACACACAAGAAACUGUUCGAAAAUUAAUGUUUGACCAACAUCAAAAAGAACAAGGUCUUCCCACCACCGACGAGAUCAAACGUAUGGAGAUGUUGAAUGACUUCCAAAAGGCCCAUCCCGAGAUGGAUUUCUCGAACGCAAAGAUCAAUUGA